AUGAGAGUCAUCCAUGCAUCUAAAACUAUACCAAAGAAAAAUCCAAUUGUUGUAGAACGUCAGGUAACUAUAGUUGAACCUAGUAAACCUCAGCAAAAGCCAUUAUCUCCAAAUCAACAAAGAUUAAUGUCAGAACCCAUUGAUUUUUUAUCAAUGGAAAUGAAAGAUGAUCGAGAAGUUCCAUCAAUAUUUGACGAUGAAAAGCUUAAUGAACCUUUGGGUCAUUUAGCUGUUAAUAUCAACCCUAAAUCUUCAAAUUAUUCAUUAACAAAUCUUAAGACGAUGAUUGAUGAAUUAAAGGUUAAACCUAGAAAGAACAAAUCUAUGUUUAGGCUUGCAAACUCUGUUCAAUCAAAACCCCAACAUCGAUUCACAGCAGAAGAUGCUGCAGGACUCAUCUGUGUUGAAAGAGUUCUCCACUCUGAAUCAGAAUCUAAAGAAUAUACUCGAUCUACAAUUCGAAAUUAUCCUGAUUCUUUGCUAAAUUUGCCUGGAAACCGAGCCAAAAAUGCACGAGCAUCGCUUCCUCUUACAUUUGCCUAA